AGGCUGCUGGAGUUAUAACUGCCUGAAAAAGCAGAGGAAGCUCAGAUCAGAUCUGCUGGACUAAACCUGCUGGACUAGUUUAUUUGUGGCUGCUGGUUCUCUGUGGAUAAUGGCUCUAAAUGGUAAGGUAGCUGUCGUGACCGGUGCUGCCCAGGGCUUGGGGAAGGGGUUCGUGGAGAUUCUUCUGCAGAAUGGAGCUAAUGUGGCCCUGUUGGAUCUGAACGAGAAGGCUGGCAAAGAUCUGGAGGAGAACCUGAACAAAGCGUAUGGAGCAGAUAGAGCUCAUUUCUAUACUGCAGAUGUUUCCUCAGAGCAGCAGUUCAAAGAUGCUUUUCAGAAAGUCCUCACAAAGUUUGGACGGGUGGAUAUAUUCUGCAACAAUGCUGGAAUCGUCAAUGAGAAGAACUGGGAGAAAACAGUCUCUAUAAACUUAUGUGCAGUAGUUAGGGGGACAUAUCUGGCUUUGGAACACAUGAAGAAGGAGAACGGUGGACAGGGUGGGGUCAUCGUUAAUGUUGCAUCCCUUGCAGGUUUGGGUCCACUGCCCUCAGCUCCGAUCUACACUGCCACCAAGCACGGUGUUGUAGGCUUCUCCCGAGCUUUAUCUAUGGCGUCGCAGUUGGCGAAUUACGGGGUCCGGAUCAAUGUCCUCUGCCCCACCUUCGUACGGACCGCCCUGAUCGACACCUUCCACUCAGAAGAGCUGACCGGACAGUUCUUCAACCUGAAGACAGUGACUGAGUCUCUACUGGACAAACAUCCCCUGGUGGAGGUGGAAGAUGUGGCGAAAGGUUUCCUGCUGUUGGUGAAGGAUGAGAGUCUGAAUGGAGCAGUUCUAGCUGUGCGGAGCACUGGAACCGGCAUCGUCUCAUUUCCUACAGAAAUUCCCAAAACUCCUGUCUCUCUCUAACCCCGCCCACUCGCUCUCUAUCCCCGCCCCCUCCUCAUUUAGCCUUUACCCCUCACCCUCCUAAAGGCUCUGUCUAUAUACUCUAUAUAUCUUUAUCUCUCAUUAUAUGCUCUUAGUAUAGCACUCUUCCUUUGUGCUGAUUGGAGGAAGGCCAUGAUGGUGCUGUUCAGUGUUUUUCGCUAGCACUUAUGCUGUAAUAAAUAAACUACAGAUUAUACUGAUACAUAUUCAGAGUGUUCUGGUCUUAGAAUCACAAGGCUUUAAGUGUGUGUGUAAGGCUAUAGAUAUACUUGUUAAUUGGCCAUGCUUUCCGCUAAGCCUCAAGAUGCAUUCAUGUAGAUGAUGUAUCUGUUCAUAUAAUUGCCUAUGUGCUAUGCGUGUUACUGGAGGCUUCCACUAGAGGGCAGCUCAGAUGAAUGAUGACUGCUGGUUAAAACACCUUAUCGGUUCUGUCCCAAGUCCGUUUCUUGGGCAUAUUUAAUUAUGCGUGGGCCAAACGGUCUCAGAUUUGUUUCUAUUUCAAUUUACACGUUCCCACAUUGAGUUUUAAAACGAUGCCAAUCUCUUGGGUUCUGUGUCUAAGCUGCAUUUGUCUAUGGAAAUAAAUGUGAAAAAUAAAUAUUACUUAAUUAC